AUCCUUUUUUCACUAUUUAAACCCUUCAAAUCCAUCUGCCUCCUUCUUAAAUUUCAACGCCGAUCUUACUCUGUUUCAACUACAAAAACCAGAGCAACCUUGUUUUCACUACUAAACCACUGAAAAUCCAUCUGGGUUCCUCUAUAAUUUGAAGAACAAUCUAGCAACCCAACAAAACAAAAUGCCAAUAAACCCGAAUCUCCUUGACCUGCAAUACAACGUCUCAAAGAAAAAGUUCCUCAGGGAACCUUCCCGGCUGUUCUCCUUCAAGGAUCGGCAGAGCUCCGGGCUCCGGCGGGCGCUGCAGCCGAGCACGGAGGAGAUAAAGCAGAUCUUCAACAAGUUCGAUAGAAACAGAGACGGGAGGAUCUCAAAGAAUGAAUAUAGGGGAAUUCUGAAAGCGCUCGGGAGAGAGAAUUCAAUGGAAGAGGUGCAGAAUAUUUUCAGGGCGGUGGAUGCCGACGGCGAUGGGUACAUAAACUUGAACGAGUUUAUGGAGGUUCACCGGAGCGGCGGCGGAGUUCAGGCGAGAGAGAUUGAAUUUGCUUUCAAGACGUUCGAUUUGAAUGGGGAUCGGAAGAUUAGUGCAGAGGAAGUGAUGAGGGUGUUGAGGGGAUUGGGAGAGAAGUGUAGCAUUGAGGAUUGCCGGCGGAUGGUGAGGGCGGUGGAUAACGACGGCGACGGCAUGGUGGACAUUAAUGAGUUUAUGACUAUGAUGACUCGCUCUGCAAAGUAUUAGAGAAUGAGUCUUUCUAAGUUUGAGCUUUAAGGGAUCUUUAAUGGCGUUUCAUAGAUUGUAAAAUUGUUGGUAUAAUGUAAAGGCUUUGUGUUAAUUUGGAAUUACUACUAUUUCCAUUUCAUAACAAUUCAACUUCACUUUUUCUUUC